AAGAAUGAGAAAAGCUUGUAUGAAGAGGGGGAGGGUGAACGCGGAGUAUUUGAUUCGUCACUUGGCGUCGAACCUGUGCGCUCCUGGCGUCUCGAUCCUUCGCUCUUGCCGCACGGAACUUGCCAAGCCAGGCCCUCCACCGCCUCCUCCUCCACCACCAAACCAGGCCCUCCACCGCCUCCUCCACCACCAAACCAGGUCCUCCACUGCCUCCUCCUCCACCACAAUGAACCUCAACACCCAAGACCUGGUGGAUCGCUUCACGUGGGUCGACUACACUGUGUUUGGCCUCAUGCUCGCCGUGUCGGCGGCCAUCGGCAUCUUCUAUGGCAUGUGUAGCAAGAAGAAACAAGACACGAAGGAAUUCCUCAUGGCUGGCAAGUCCAUGACGACUUUCCCGGUUGCCAUGUCCCUAAUUGCGAGCUUCAUGUCCGCCAUCACCCUACUGGGAACACCCGCGGAAGUUUACCAGUACGGGUUCCUGUACUGGUUAAUCGGUUGGUCGUAUAUCCUGGUAAUGCCUUCUGCUGCCUACCUGUACUUCCCAGUAUUUCAUAAAUUACAGGUAACUUCCGCCUACGAAUACCUGGAAAUUCGGUUCAACAGAAAAAUCCGAUGGAUGGGGUCCUUCACCUUCAUAAUACAGAUGUGCCUCUACAUGGCUAUCGUGGUCUACGCCCCCGCCCUCGCUCUCUCCCAGGUCACGGGUAUGAAUGUGUAUUUCUCCGUCAGCCUUAUUUCCUUUGUGUGCAUUUUCUACACUACGCUUGGGGGCAUGAAGGCUGUGCUGUGGACGGAUGCUAUACAGGUCAUCAUCAUGUUCGGAAGCGUGCUGUUCGUCAUCAUCAAAGGGACGGUCGACAUGGGCGGCUUCGGCUACGUGUGGGAGAAGAACAGGGAAUCGGGACGCAUCGAACUCGUGAACUUCGACCCGAACCCGACGACGCGACACUCCAUCUGGUCGCUCGUUAUAGGCGGCUACUUCACCUGGAUCGCUAAUUAUGGGGUGAAUCAGGCGCAGGUGAGUGUUUUUUUUUUUUUUUUAAGUUCUAGAUUUGUGUCUCAGUUUGGUUUUGGCGAGCGCUUCUUGUUUUUUUUCUUUUUUUUUUCUUUUUUUUUGUCUAGUGUCCAAGUUCACUCUAAGUCCACAUGUAAGAUCAAUCCAAAGUCCAUUUUGAAGUUUAAAGUGCUCAAUUUCACACAAAGUGAGCGCUACUCGCGUCCGAACCAGAGCGAUGGUGGGAGCGGCCUUGGGCAAGAUGGUGGGGCCUUUCGUGCCAUGUCCCGGCCUGGGGCUGGAAGCGUACGACUGCGACCAAGGCGGGCGGAGUGCGAUAGUGAGGCCGUGAUGGACAUCUGGGAGGAAGGGGGCUUCGUGGAGGGACUUGCGGCGCCAGCCCUCUCCCUCCCUCCCCGCACCAGCACCGUCUCCUCCGGCAUGAACUCCCUGGCGGCCAUCGUCCUCGAGGACUUCCUGAAGAACGGCUGCUACAAGACGAUCUCCGAGAGGGCGUCGACGGUGGCGUCCAAGCUGCUGUCGCUCUUCUUCGGCCUCCUGACGUUCGCCCUCGUGUUCGUGGCGGAGCAGCUCGGAGGCGUCCUGUCGGCCGCCCUCAGCAUCUUUGGCAUGGUAGGAGGACCUCUCCUUGGUCUCUUCUCCCUGGGCAUGUUCUUCCCCUGGGCCAACAGUGUGGGCGCCGCCGUCGGCCACGUCUGCGGCCUCGCCUUCAUGUUCUGGAUCGGCGUCGGCACGCAGGUCGGCCUUGCAACGGGUGACGUCACGUACGCCAAGAAGCCGCUAGACGUCAGUGGCUGCAACUUCACUGAAGCCACCGACGCCGGGCCUUCGUCGACCGCCGCCGACUUCUUGGCUUCCACCGAGCCGUCCUUUGGGCCGACCGAACCCCCCUCAGGAACCCUUGGAUUAUACAACCUUUCCUACAUGUGGUACUCAGCCACAGGAUGCUUUACGGUGAUUGUCGUAGGAUUAGUGGUAUCUCUGCUGACGGGCGGGAGGGACCUGGGAACCCUCGAUCCUCGCACGCUCUCGCCUCCGCUCCUGUGGCUGAGGAAGUGGGUCCUGGCGCUGAGGGCCGUCGGGGAAAAUCUGAACGACGAGUUAGACGAACUUCGCGAAACUUCGACCUCCGAGAAGGACGGCGGCGACCUGACCUCCGUCAUCUCGAAACUCCCUCCGAGAACGCUGGGCGGAUCCCUGAAGGAGGCGAAGACAGACAAGCCGCCCGUCGUGCUGGACGUCCUGGCGCUCGCACGUGACGAUCCUGCGAAGCUGAGGCCGUCGACGACUGACUCCGCCUUCGAGGAGCGUCCCAGCAGGAUGGGAAUCCUGCAGGAGGAAGAGGAGGAAAAGAAGGACGAGGAGGAAGAGGAGGACGGGCACAGCGAAGACCUCGGCGUCGAUAACAGCGCCUUGUCAUUAGACGACGAGGACGAGGCGGCGACCUGCAAUCUCCCGAUCUCGACGACGAAUCUUUGAAGACCAGCGACAGGUGUACAGUAUGAGUAGUGUUCACUGCGGCAAAUGCUAGCAUUUUAAUUACUGUACGCCUGUGUUUUCACAGUACAAGAAAUGUGUUGUACAGGUUUCGACUCUAUCUGACGAAGGUUUAAUCGAAAUCGGUGCAAUGCAUCUCUUGCACCGUGGAGACAUUCGUUCUCAUUCAUCCUUUUUCUGUAGGUAUAAUAGCAAUCAGCCGUCAAGACAACGCUUAGGAAUACACAGUGUUUUUCUUAGAGAGCUUGACCUAAAACCUAGCGUGUCUUACUGAUCUCGAUUGUAAAAAGUGUAUUCCAACGAGCAUUGAAGAAAUACUGUAUUCAGACUGAUAAUCCUGGUUUACUGCACAGUAUUUUCCGAAAUAUUAUUUACUAUUGUUAUAAGUGUUAAUAUCGUAAGUUUUACCAACAGUUAUCCUGAAUAGCACAUGAAAGUAAAAAUAAUUAUAUCCAGGGUUCUCAGUCUGUGAAGCGGAAUGAUAAAACUUUAUAUAUGCUUGUAACCUGUGGUUUCUGAACACGUUAAAGCAACAGUUUAUUGUCAAGCAUUGUGUGUUGAACAUCAUUUUUAACUUAUGACUUGUGUGCUAAAUGAAAUAGGUUAGGCGGUCGCUAGUUGUGUGUGUGUGUGUUGUGUGUGUGUGUGUUGUGUGUGUGUGUUAGUGUGUGUGUGUGUUAGUGUGUGUGUGUGUGUGUGUGUGUGUGUGUGUGUGUGUGUGUGUUUCGAGUGGAAGGUAAAGUAUGAUUAAAUCUUGUGAAUGGAAAAUCAUAUUUAUUUUGGCUACCUGUAGUCAUGUAAAGUAUAAGCAUAAUCUUAAUCACAGGUCCCAUAUCAUUUCUCGACUACCAUAGGUCACUAAUUUAGGUCUGUAAUCUAUAUUAUUUAAACACAUUAUGAUUUUCUGUACAUACUAUCCCUUGUUACCUUUUUCUACAAGGAUUAUGAAUGCAUUUGUAAAUAGGCGAUUUUUUAUUCUAAAAUCAGCUAAGAAUAUAAGGAUAUGUGUUGUUCCCUAGCUAGAAGCACAACUAGCAAUGUAUAAACGGGCAUUUUAUGUAAUUUUAUGUAAUCUAGGCGUCAUAACAGCAGGCAAUAUUCUGACACAGAAUAAAGAGAUAAAGGAUAUUUUUGAAGCAACUGUUUAAUCAUGAACGAAACUCAUGUCGUGAAUGAAGCUUCGAAGCUCUCCGAACGUAAACAAAGGAGUCACGUGAUUUGGGUGUUCGAGACGGAAUUCGAAAUACGUGUUGACAAAGGAGGUUUGAUUGUGACUGUACAGUACAUGUAUGUGUUUUCUGCGUAUGUGUGUGUGUAUGUGUGUGUGUGUGUGUGUGUGUGUGUGUGUGUGUGUGUGUGUGUGUGUGUUAAGAUACCCUGAAUCCCUCUUAUUUUUCAUCUAGGAACUGUAUUUAAAUAAAAAAACAAACAGGAUA